AUACAUGAUCAGUCGAAAUUCGUUUUGUUUUCUUUUUUCCGACGAUGAUGAGAUGAGAUGGAAUUGUGAAAUUGCCCUAAUUAGCCGAGCUGGCCAAAACCAGGCCAGCCCAAGAGAACAGAUUACCAACUGACAUCUUUGAAAAGUAGGUUAAAUGAUGGGCACUGGUAAAAUACUAUAAUUAAUAAAUGAGCCAAUUUACAUGUUGUUGCAUACCGGACAGCUCGACAUCAGAUGGCAUUAGUCACCGACGAGUCGAUACGGUACCGUACACGGCCCGGGCACGGAUUGUUUCUAGAUUGUGUACUGCAUGGUGAGGACUUUAAUAUGAAGAAGAUUCUUAUCACUGGUGCAUCUGGACUCUUUGGCCGGGAACUCUUCAAAACUUUUCAGGACUCUGGAUGGGACGUUCUUGGACUGGCUUACACCAGAGCUAAAGGGAACCUCAGAAAAGUGGACUUGACGGACAGUAAAGCCAUACAGGAUGUCAUCAUGGGAUAUCAGCCCGAUGUUGUUAUCCAUGCAGCAGCUGAAAGGAGAACAGAUGUUGUAGAGAGAGACCCACAGACUGUUCAAAAACUCAAUGUAGGUGCCACAGCUCAAAUUGCUGCAAUUUGUGAGAAACUGGGUAUCUUGUUGGUUUACAUCAGUACAAAUUAUGUCUUUGAUGGAACAAAACCACCAUAUAAACCUUCAGAUGAACCCAAUCCACUUAACAAAUAUGGUCAGAGCAAGCGUGAUGGUGAAAUAGCAACUCUUAAAAACUAUCCUGGAGCAGUGAUCCUAAGAUUACCCCUACUCUAUGGUAGCAUAGAGAGACUAAAUGAAAGUGCAGCAACCUAUCUUCUUCAUCAGAUCCAAGAUACAAGUAAAGUCCUGGAACUCUGUGACUACCAACAAAGAAGACCAACUCAUGUCAGGGAUGUAGCUUCAGUGGUAAUACAACUAGCGCAGAGACAUUGUAAGGGAGAGGGGGUUUCAGGCAUCCUACAUUGGAAUACAUCAGAACAACUCACACGAUACCAAAUGGCUCUUAUCAUCACUGAUAUCUUCAAACUACCUAUGGAUCAUCUUAUACCAAACCCCAAUCCUCCUUCCACUGGCACGCCCCGCCCACAGAAUGCAACCAUGGACAUCUCGAUUAUAAAUGCCCUUGGGGUCAAAGUUACAGAUACGCCAUUUCGGAAGGGUAUCGAGGAAUGUUUGACUCCUCAUCUGUCCUAAAGCCAAUGAUUUAUAUGCGUUUUUUUUACAACUCUAAAGCCCAAGAGUGCCUGUCACCUUGCUUCCUCAUGCAUUGAUAUAUCACUGACCAUUUAAAAAUUUGAAUGCUUAUAAUUAUUAAUGAGAUUCUUUAUGAAUAUUUUAACACAAAAUUAUGAAUGUGCAAUGAAAGAAUAUCAAUAAUUUGUUUCUUUAACAAAGGCCAAGUAAAUAUGAGUGUGUGGAUUUCUUUAAAUUGCAAUUAGGUUUUACCAAAAAAUUAUGUCUGCAUUUGAAGUAAUAUCAGUAAUCAUGUUUGUGACUUUGUCCCAGUUACUGUGUUAAAUUCAAAUUUGAGAUAAUGAGAUCAUAAAGAAAGAGCAGCUUGAUGUAGAUAAGUAGCUUUUGUGUGCUAAUGAAGCCUUUUCUUAAAAGACUUUAUUUUAUGCUUCCUUUAUAAACCCUAAUACUCUUAUCUAUACUUGGAUGUAUUUCGAUAGUGAUUCUCAAUUAAAUCUAGAUUCCACCAGCUUUUUUUUCAGUGGUCCUUGGAUCAAUCGUACAAUCAAUCACCAAUCUUUGUGUUAUGGGACCCAGGUGGUAUUUGGGAUAGAUGAAAAACAUUUGAAAAUAUUGUAAAACAAGUGAAUCUAUUGGUUUUGCAGCUUGCAAUUACAGGUCUUCUUUUCUCAUUGAUGAGAUUUGAAUUAUUUGUGGAUGUACAUACAAAAUCAUUGAUUUUUUUUUCUUUAUUCUCUCUUCAUUUUUAUGGGAAAUAAUUAAUUUUGAAAUACAUUAGUUUUGAGAGUAAACUCAUAGUUAUUCCUCUUUAGAGUAUAAUAUCUUGAAACUAAUAGUUGGAAAUUUUGAAUGUCAGUUAUUAGGAACAUGUACAUGAAUCUUAUGCUGCAGUAUAAUAGGCUUUUAUUUAUGUUCUUUGCUGAGUUCUUACACCUUGAUAUGAAUAUACAUAUAGUAUUAACAUUCAAACAUGACAUAUGGUGUCUGAAAUGUUUAUUGAUAUUAAAGGUCGAAUCCACCCCAGAAAAAUGUUGAUUUGAAUCAAUAGAGAAAAAUCAAACAAGCAUAACACUGAAAAUUUCAUCAAAAUCUGAUGUAAAAUUACUGAAAUAAGAAUGUAAUGGCAUUAUACAGCUUAUUUUUCACAAAACAGUUAAAUGCACAACUAAGUGAUAUGCAAAUGAGAGAGUUGAUGACGUCCAUCACUCACUAUUUCUUUUGUAUUCUAUUGUUUGAUUUAUACAAUAUUUCAUUUUUUACACAUUUGACAAUAAUGAUCAACUUGAUUGAAAUACAAAAUGUUAAAAUAAUGUUAGUUCAUUGUUCAGGGAGGAAUAAAACUUAGUUUCACAUAACAUGAGGUAAAAAUUAAAAUAUUUCAUAAUUCAUAUAAUGAAAUACAAAAGGAAUAAUGAGUGGGUGAUGCCAUCAGUCCCCCCAUUUGCAUACUGACCAGGACUGUUUCAGAAAAUCAAGUGAAACCUCAAAAUGUCAUAACUUUCUUGUUUAAAAUUCGAUUUUGAUGAAAUUUUUAGUGUUAUGCUUGUUGGAUUUUCUCCUUUAAUACAAAUCAACUUUUUUGCUGGGGUCUACUUGUCCUUUGACAUAUUUUUAGUUUACUGGUAGUUGAAGUCAUAUCACACAUGUCUGAAACUUAGAGUGCAUGAUAUUGCAGGUGUAGUCAUUAUUAGUUAAAUUAACUUGUUCUAAUAUUUUUGUCCCAAGGAUUGCUUACCCGUAUAUAUAACAAAUGUUAUGAAUUUUCAUAUCUAAACUGUAUUUGCACCGUUAGGUGAAUUUUACAGGCCCAUCAUCAUGAGACUUUUUUUGGUGAUGAUCAUUGCCGAAGAAAAUACUGAAUGAGACAGUUUACUGUGUACUAAAAUACUGGCUGAAAUGCAGUAGUGCAUGAUCAAUUUAAUUUAUAUAUCUUUGGAUUAAAUCUGACAUCCUACAGAGAAAUUCUUAAUGUUCAAUAUUACUAUACUUCACCCUUAGGAAGUCUUGUCUUGUCUUCGGUUGAGUUGGCAUAUGCAGACUUGCUGUUAUUGGUCAACUUUGUUGAAAAAGUAUAGCACCACAGAUUUUUUUUUUUAAUGGUAACAUUUUGUUUCAGAGAAUUGAUUCAUCUGCUCUACUCAAGUUUCCAGCGAGCAGAAAUCAUUUGAGAUGUACGUUGCAUUCAAUCCAACUGAUUUCAAUUUUAUAGUCAAAAGAGCUUUUAUUUCUAAUAUUGAAUUAUAGCAUGAUAAAAUUUGUCAUAGUGCAGUUCUUGGUUAUGAUGCUCUUUUAUGAAAUAUACUUUUCAUAAUAAUUUUAUUUUAGUGAUAACAAAGAUCAGUAAUCAACGCAUUGUUCUGCAUUGUAUUGCUAUACUAGUAUUCAGCAUUUUUUUAUAGUGCAGUAUACCCAAAAUUAUGCUCAAGAUAUUCAUUGUCUUCCAUUGCAUAUUUUGUACUACUAUGUAUUCAAGUUGAUCGUUCAGUAUUCAGUUUGUUGUUUUGUGCUGUAUUACGCUGUAUUGUUCUAUUCAGUGAGUGCAAAAUGCAUGUAUUCAAUGUGCAGUAAUUCUCAGUCAAUCUAAACAAAUAAAAAUAUAUAUUCUUGAAAAUUUA